GCGUGAGGGCCUGCUCGACUGUCGUCACUCGCCUCACGAUGGUCACCACCGCCUCCUCCCCAGCGGCCCGGCCGGCGCCGCGGCGGGCACUUCCGGGAGCCCUCGGGUGUCCGUUGGGUCUGUCGGCACGCACUCCCCCGAGCGCGGCGCGGCGGGCAGGUGCGUCCCUGAGCCCCGCUCGCCGGGCCGUGGACGCCGCAGCCGGGGCGGCCCUAGCCGCGUACCCGGGCCCCGGUCACUCCCGCCCCCCGGUGGCCGGAGCGCGUAGGCAGGGCGGAGGGCACGCCCGCGCUGACGGAGAGCCGGCCGCAGACCUUCGGGAAGGAGGCGUGCCCCGGACGGCCUUCGAUGUGUCCUGUCCCCUGCGCUGUCCCUCGAGAGCCCACCUGCUGUGAGUGCCAGGCCAAAUUCGGGGGCUUCCUGCCGGUGCCCAGGGUCGAGGCGGCAUUGCCUUACUGGGUCCCUUUGUCCCUGAGACCCCGAAAGCAGAUCCAAAAGAUGGUCCGGUUUUAUAUCCCCCAAACCUCCGAGACAUGCCCCUGCUCAUGCCACCGCUUUGGGGGCCGGCUCCCGAUGCCUAGGGAUCAGGCCGUGAUGCCCUACUGGGUGCCCCAGAUCCUGAGGCCUCACAAGAAGGUGGCGAGAAGGCAGCAGAGUCGUAAAGGCGCCCAAGAACCCCCCCCGGACCUGCACUCCUGCUACAACCGCUGGCGGAUCUGCUGCGACAGGCGCCUCCUCCUCAAGUGGCAACAGCUCCAGGCUCUUCACCAGCACGAGCCACUGGCCCCAGAGAGGGGAGUGAGCCCCCCGGCCCCCUUCCUGCCCUUCAGCCUCCUCACUCUCCUGCAGGUGGUCCUGAGGGUCGUGGUGGCGAUUCGCCACUUGUUUUGGUUUUGAAGUUGGAAUCUUCAGCCACUGCCGAGAACAUCAGCGAAAAUGUCAGUCAUAAUGAAGGUCUUUAACGAGAACGUCAAGUCAGGAGGAGUCCGUGAUAGCCCCAUUCUCUCAGGUCCUAUAAGUCACACCGGGGCUGGGUCCAGGCUCUCAGCAGGCAGUGCUCUGUGGCGGCGCAGCUGCUGUGGACGCAGGGGAGACUCCGGCGAACGCGGCCAAUAAACGUUAUUUGUGAAACUCC